AUGGAACGCCCCAAAGUGUUGGCCAAAGAAAAUACCAAGAAGAAGUCGACAACGACGGCGUCGACAAAGUUGAAGGCUCCACCUGGGAUCACCGCAACACGCCGGAAGCAACCCCCCAUUGCGAAAACAAAACUGACCGUCAAAGCUGCCAAGAUAAAGGAAGCUCGGCAAAAGCAGCGUGCGAAGAAAUCUCAAAAGUGGUCAGCUGAAGAGGAACCGCAUGUGGAAGACUUCCUGAUGGAAUUUGUUCCCACUCAGCCUCCGAUCAUACCCGAAGGCCGUGCAAUGAGCCGUGAAGAGAUGAAGUUGCUCCUCGCUACAUGCACAGCAGCGAGGAGCAACUUCAACACCGAUGAAACAUAUUUCCGGCGUUCAGUUCGCGGUACACUGCCACGAUACAGCGAGUGA